CAGUAUUUGAGAGAGCCAGAACUCACAAGGUAGAGGACAGAGGUUCCUUGUUGUUUGAGAGAUUGGCUAACAAUGGUGAGGGCUCCUUGCUGUGAAAAGAUGGGGUUGAAGAAGGGUCCAUGGACUCCUGAAGAAGAUCAAAUACUCAUUAAUUACAUUGAUCUCCACGGCCAUGGCAAUUGGAGAGCUCUUCCUAAACUAGCUGGGUUGUUGAGGUGUGGAAAGAGUUGCCGGCUCCGGUGGACUAAUUAUCUGAGGCCGGACAUAAAAAGAGGGAAUUUCACCGGAGAAGAAGAGGAAACCAUCAUCAACUUGCAUGCAAUGUUGGGGAACAGAUGGUCGGCGAUUGCAGCAAGAUUACCAGGAAGAACAGACAACGAGAUUAAAAAUGUCUGGCACACCCAUUUGAAGAAGAGAAUCAAACACACCCAACCCAUCGUCAAUCCCUCCAAAUUCAACAAAAUUCAGGAAGAACCACCGGUGAAUUUUCCGAUUCAGGCGAGAUCCGAUGCCACGGAGAGCUCCAGUGACGUUUCUUCCUUGACCACGGGCAUUAAGGUGGAGUCACAAGACAUGUUUUGUCAUAUGGACGAUGAUUUUUGGUCGGAAGUGUUGUCCAUCGACAAUUCAGACGUGGUUAGUGAUUUUUCGACGGUUGGUGUUAGCCAAGAACUUCAGUACUAUUUAUCACCGGCGAUGGAAGCUGGCUCAAAUAUGCAUGAUAACAUGGAGUUUUGGUACAAUCUUUUUAGUAGGUCAGGAGAAUUGCCAGAUUUGUUACCAAAUUUUUAGAUGAUUGUUGGACUUCACAAAAUUGUGUGUGAAUGUAACUCAAUUAAUUUAGAGCUAAACAAAUAUAAUCUAUCUCUUUUACUUUUUCUUUUUUGAAA